UGUACAGGGAGUAAGACACCUGCAGUUCUGCUUCACUGCUCGCGGUGCUUCCUCCCUGCAGGUGGGGAGUGGGGCUUGAACCUGGAUCCUUGUGCCAUAUGAUGUGUGCACCAUAAUGUAUGCCCCAGACUGCUCCACAUGACUCCUUUCCACGGCCUGACACCCUUCCCGCAUGCCUUGUUUUCCCUUUUGUGAAAACUGCCGGCAUCAACAUUCACGCAUGCGGGCUGGUGGGCCAGGCCACCAUCUCCGGAAUGUGUUUUAUCAGCUGUAUCUCUGGCUGUCAACGUAACCCGGCAUUGCAAGCACCUGGCUGUCUGAGGGAACCCACUUCUGAAUGACGCCUCCCCAGAAGACAGGCCAGUCCACCCGCACUGAGACAUGAGCUCUCCUGGCCCCCGGGGUGACCCGACAUCCCCCCCUGCCUCCUGCGACCCAGGAAGGGCCUGAGGAGUGACCGUCCUGCUGUUGAACUGGAAUCAGUUUCUGCUGCCGAGGCCUCGGGGACAGGAUGCAAAGAACAUGACGCCUGGCUUCCACUUGCCUCCGCUGUCUUUCAAGUGCCACUGAGCAGUCUCCUCCUCCUCCCCCUUCCUCCUCUUCCUCCACAUCCUCUGUCUUCCUCCCCUCCUCCUUCACCUCUUCAUUUUCUCCUCCCCAGCUACCCUCCUCUCCUCCCUCCUCCUCUUCCUCCACAUCCUCUGUCUUCCUCCCCCUCCUCCUUCACCUCUUCAUUUUCUCCUCCCCAGCUACCCUCCUCUCCUCCCUCCUCCUCUUCCUCCUUUCUCAUCUCUUCUCCUACCCUGCCUCUAUCCCUCCCUCCUCCUCCCUCUCCUUCUUCCUCUCCUUUCCUCCACCCUUCCUCCCCCACCCCCCUCAUCUCCCUAUCUCCUCUCCUUCCCUCCCCUCUCUUCCUCUUCCCCUUCCCCUUCCUCCUCUUCCUCUUCUCUGGGCCCACUCUGAACCUUCAGUCCUUCGAGAGCUGCGGCUGGGGUCCCCCAUGGCCCCCAGGCGCUGACCAUGAGGCCCUGCGUGCUGUGCUGCCUGCGCUGGGCCCCUGCCGCCACUGCCGCCCCCAGCCCCCGUGCCAGCCGGGGGGAGGACAGGUUGGUGCUGCACGUGGCAGGGCGGCCCAUGAAGCUGCUGGCGGUGCUGGAGCUGCGGGCCGAGGCCGAGGGCUGGGCCGGGCUGCUGCGGCCACGCCGGGGCCUGCUGUGCGGACUGCUGCUGCUCGGCCUGGUCACUGCCUCCUACGUGCUCUCGGGGGCCCGGCCGCAUCUGCUGGUGGCCUUCCCCUCCAGCCCUGCCGUCGCCGAGGACCCCCGGGAGCCGCACUCGGCGGCCCUGAGCAACGCCUCCUCCGGGAAGGACGAGCCCGGCAUCCAGCUGCUGCUGGCCAGCAUUGCGGCCCGGCUGGACUUCAGCGCCCGCCAGCUGCCCGACCGCCAGGAGCUCCGCAGGCAGGAGCCCCAUAUGUUCUCCGUCAUCCCCAGCCAGUUCCUGUCUGCUGCUCACAGCCCCUGCUGGUACCAGGAAUUCCGCGGCGGGAACGCCAGCGACCCCUACCGGGCAAACUCGUAUGCGCUCUACUCCAAGCGCUUCCGCGCCACCUUUGAUGCGCUGCGCAAGGCCUUCUGGGCGCACCUGUCGCUCGCCCGGGGCCGCCGCCUGCGCCUGCGCUGCCUGCCGCGCUUCUACAUCAUCGGGCAGCCCAAGUGUGGCACCACCGACCUGUACGACCGCCUGCGCCUGCACCCCGAGGUCAGGUUCUCCGCCAUCAAGGAACCGCACUGGUGGACCCGCAAGAGGUUUGGGAUCGUCCGUCUGCGGGAUGGGCUGCGUGACCGCUAUCCCGUGGAGGACUAUCUGGACCUGUUCGACCUGGCUGCCCACCAGGUCCACCAGGGCCUGCAGGCGGGGCCGAGGAGCAGGAUGGCACAGACGGUCAUUGGUGAGGCCAGCGCCUCCACCAUGUGGGACAACAACGCCUGGGCCUUGAUUUACCACAACAGCUCGGGCGGAGAGCCCCCGUUCCUGACACAGGACUUCAUCCACGCCUUCCAGCCUGACGCCAAGCUCAUCGUCAUGCUCAGGGACCCCGUGGAGAGGCUCUACUCCGACUACCUGUACUUCGCCAUCUCUAACAAGUCGGCAGAGGACUUCCAUGAGAAGGUGACGGAGGCCCUGCAGCUGUUUGAGAGCUGCCUGCUGGAGUCCACCCUGCGCGCCUGCGUCUACAACAACUCGCUCAACAACGCUAUGCCCGUGAGGCUGCAGGUGGGACUGUAUGCUGUGUACCUGCUGGACUGGCUGACGGUGUUCCACAGAGAGCAGAUCCUCAUCCUGCGCCUGGAGGAGCACGCAGCCAGUGUCAGGGCCACCAUGAGCCGUGUCUUCCACUUCCUGCAGCUCGGCCCCCUGAGCAGGGAGCAGGAAGCCCUGAUCACCAAGAGCCCCGCAUCCAACGCCCGCCGCCCCGAGGACCGUAGCCUGGGGCCCAUGUGGCCGGGGACUCAGAAGGUUUUACGUGACUUCUACCGACCCUUCAAUGAGCGGCUGGUGCAGCUGCUGGCUGAUGAGGCCUUUGCCUGGAAGCAGACCUGAGGCGGGGGCCUGGCCUCCCCCCCAUCCCACCAUGGCCCUGACACCCCCAGGCCUUGCUUACCCCCAGCCUGGAGGGACCUGGGGUCUCAGCAGUCUCCCUCCCCACCUCCCAGGAUUUUCUCAGUGAGGAUAUUUGUGCCACCCCACACACACGGCCCCCAAAACCACUCUUCCCAGUUCCCUUCUGCACCUGGUGUGGCAGGUGAGAGAGACUGGAGCCCGGGGAGUAGCUGACAGGCAGGGCCAGAGGCUGGAGGGAAGCAUCUUUCCCCCCACCUGCUGCACCUCCCUUCUGCAGAGCCCAUCUGGGGGAUCCCAGGCACUGGCUGAGAGCUCCCCCCUGAACUGGACCUUUUCUGACAGUUUCUAAGCUCUCUCUCUGAGACCACUCCCCUUAUUUGGAGUGGGGGUGCAGGGGAGGAAACAGAGCCUCUCAGGCUUUUGUGUUUCUCCUUUUGAUUGAUUCUAAAGUCAGAUCUUCAGAUGGAAAGAAAGACAGAAAAGAGUUCAUUUACAGCAGUGCAGCCUUCUGGGACCGUCCCCCAUCCCGUCGCCCUGCUGGACCUGUGUCCUGUUCACAGGGAAGUGUCUCAGACGGACUUUGGCCCUCGCCACCCCUUGCACCUCCUCAGAUGCCCACAGCCUUGAUGUCUAGGGUGCGAAUUCCUUUUUGGACUGGAAGAGACCUCUGCCCUGGAUGCCUGGAGUGAGUGAGCGGUUUCAAGGACUGGAACACUCGCACGUCCUCAGGUUCAUCUGAGAGCUGGCAGGCAUUUGAGGCCUGGGCUCUGGCACCUUGCAUGCUGGCCUCCGCUCUGCUCCCCCAGACGGAACCACCCUGCCCCCCCGAGUCCCUGCAUGGGAUCCCUCCUCAGAAGCACAGUCCCAAGCUGAACUGGGCUGAACUUGGCAGUGCUGGGCGAGAGUGCUUGGACCCGGAACCUUCUGGUCCCCUUGGCAGCUUGGCUGAGUUCGGAUGGGCUUGUGGUCAUUUCGUCUUGGACAUGAUGGGUGAAGAUGGAAGAACGCCCAGGAGCUUACUCUACCCAGACCAUCUCCACACUCUGGGGGUGUCAGGGUACUUCCCGUGAGGCCCCCACCACCUGCAAAGAGACAGCAGGGGCUGAGGAGGGAGCAGCCAGCCCUGCACCCCAGACUCACUGUCUCUGGAAGGCCGACUCUUCCUCUUCCUCGGUGGCUGUGUGUCCCUGUUACCACUUUCAGGGACAGAGGGAGCCUGGCCUCAUCGUGUGUGCACAUAUUUAUUUGCAGGAAGUGUGUGUGUGUGUGUGUGUGUGUGUGUGUCCCCAGAGUGGGUGCCCUGCCCCUCAGCUCACAGGAGCCCCCUGCCCCUGCCCAUAUACCCUAUCCCCAGCUCCCGUCUGGCCCCUCACCACCCAGUCACCCACUUGCUGACACUCCCUGGGCAUGUGCUCGGUGUGUGUGCCAUUCUGCUUCUUACAGAAGUGUCGCCUAGUCCCUCCACUGGUAUCUGGUCUCUUACUUGGAUCUUUUUAUACACAAACCUCCCCCCCAUGGCAGUCCCCCACACCCCUCCCACAGCCCCCACCCCCACCCCCUGCAAGGACUCUGCACCCAAGGGCGAGGGCGGGUCUGCUGCCUUCGCUUUCUCCUUUCCAGGCCAGGGACGUCACCCUGAAACCAAAGUCAAGCGGAGCGUCCUCCCGCCUGGUGGAGAAGCCUCUGCCCCAAGCCAGGGUCUGCACUCAGCUGUCAUGUGGCCCCAGCCACACCGUCUGUCCUUCUGUCUAUUUAACGCCAUUAAAUGGGGCCCCUAGGCCGGUA